GGAGGCAUGGACAGCGGGGACCAGAGGGGCCUGCCAGGGCAGGAUGAGGAGGCCAUGUGCACAUCUGCCUCAGAAGGAUUGGAAGAGGGGGAGGUGGAGGGGGAAACUCUAUUGAUUGUGGAAUCAGAAGACCAAGCAUCGGUGGACCUUUCUCAUGACCAGAGUGGCGACUCUCUGAACAGCGACGUGGGCGAGGAUGGAGAGGGCAGCUGGAACGAAGACAUGUCCUUCUACUGCGACAAAUGCCACAAGUGGAUCCCUUCCGCCCAGCUCCGAGGAGAGCAGCCCAGCUACCUAAAAGGAGACAACUUCUUCAAGUUCAUCUGCUCAGACUGCUCCGAAGAUGGCAAGGAGAGCUUCGAGAGGAUGCGGCUUACGUGGCAGCAGGUGGUGAUGCUGGCCAUGUAUAACUUGUCUCUGGAGGGCACAGGCCGGCAGGGCUACUUCCGUUGGAAGGAAGACAUCUGUGCCUUCAUUAGUCGACACUGGACAUUCCUCCUGGGCACCAGGAAGAAGACGUCCACAUGGUGGAGUACGGUGGCGGGGUGUUUGUCUGUGGGAAGUCCAACGUUUUUCCGUUCGGGGGCACAGGAGUUUGGUGAGCCCGGCUGGUGGAAGCUGGUCCAAAACCGGCCACCGACCCUGAGGCCGGAUGGGGAGAAGACGUCCACUGCCGCCCUCAAGGCCAAAGCCGUGUCCAAGCCAUGCAUGGAUCCCACCAUCACGGUGGAGGGACUCCGGAAGCGUGGGGGGCGGAACCCGGUGGAAAGUGCUAUGCAGCUGAAGGAGAAGCGCUCUCGCACACAGGAGGCCAAGGACAUCCGGCGGGCACAGAAAGAGGCCGCCGGCUUCCUGGACCGCAGCACGUCCUCCACACCCGUCAAAAUGGGUAACCGCGGCCGACGGCCUGACCUGCAGCUGGAGAAGGGCGAGGUCAUCGACUUCUCCUCGCUCAGUUCAUCAGACAGGACGCCCCUCACAUCGCCAUCUCCAUCCCCCUCACCCGAUUUCUCGGCCCCGGGGACGCCAGCCUCUCACUCGGCCACACCCAGCCUGCUGUCGGAGGCGGACCUCAUACCUGAUGUUAUGCCGCCUCAGGCGCUGUUCCACGAUGACGAGGAGCUGGACGGAGAGGGCGUGAUCGACCCAGGCAUUGAGUAUGUCCCCCCUCCCAGCAUGCCCCUAGCAGCAGGUGCCCUAUAUGUGAGAAAGAAACAGCAGCGGCCUGCUGAGCUCAUCAAACAGGAGCCGGAGAGUGAAGACGAGGAGCGUGGCCGCGAGGUGGAAGAAGGCGGCCAGGACGAAGGCAUGCGGUCUCGGGCCUCUGCCGGCAGCGAGCGGAGGAAGGAGAAGGGCCUAGAGAAGGCAGAGUCUGGGCCCCGCUACACCCUCCUCGGCCUAUAUGAGGAGCGUAUGCUGCUGCGGAGGUUGGAGUCCUGCCCCCAAGCGCUGGCCGUCACCCCACAGGCCAAGCGGUUUCGGCGCAAGCUCCUGGUCCGGCAGGCUAAACGUGAACGAGGGCUCCCCCUGCUGGAUGCAGACCAGGCAGUCAGUGCCGCCCUCAGCCUGGUUGGUGGCAUGUAUGGCGCGCAGGCGGGCGUGGCCACCCGUGAGGCGGGCAAGUACAGGACGACCAGCCAGGACCUGCGUAUACUCGAUCGAUUUCAGGUCACUGCAUCCAGCAGGAAGGGAUUCCACCAGUCCAACGUCUCCUUCUGGCACAGACUUAUGGGCUCUGAUGUCUGCGCAGACCAAGGAAUCAAGAGUCCGUACACGUCCAGAACACUAAAACCUUACAUAAGGAGAGACUAUGAGACGAAGCCACUGAAGAUGAGCUUGCUUGCAGAAAUCCGUGCGUACCCUCACAGGAACGACUCGUCCUGGGUCCCGGAGCCUGACGCACCCAUAGACUACUGCUAUGUGCGGCCCAACCACAUCCCCUCCGUUAACUCCAUGUGCCACGACAUGUUCUGGCCCGGUGUGGAUCUGUCCGAGUGCCUGCAGUACCCAGACUUCAGCGUGGUGGUCCUCUAUAAAAAGGUGGUAAUCGGCUUUGGCUUCAUGGUGCCGGACGUGAAAUAUAACGAGGCUUAUAUCUCCUUCCUGCUGGUGCAUCCAGAGUGGAGGAGGGCAGGCAUUGCCACCUUCAUGAUCUACCAUCUCAUUCAGACGUGUAUGGGGAAGGAUGUGACUCUGCAUGUGUCGGCCAGUAACCCAGCCAUGCUGCUUUAUCAGAAGUUUGGCUUUAAGACAGAGGAGUACAUCCUGGACUUCUACGACAAAUAUUACCCGGUGGACAGCAAAGAGUGUCGCCACGCCUUCUUCCUGCGACUACGGCGCUGAGCUGCCUUGUGAUUGGACGACCAGGCACGGGCUAUAUUCACCGAUGUUCCCUGACUGGACAGAAAGGUUCAGAAGCGUUGGUUGAGACGUUAAAUGACCUGUCGGAUGAAUUUCCAUUCAUUUUUGCCUAGAUAAGUGCAAGCCACUAGUACUGGACAGCAGCUCAGUAUUUGUUUUGGCUUUGUAUUCCAGCACACCAGCUUUCAAAUGAAACAGUGAGUAUGAGUUUAAAGUGCAGGAUGUCAGCUGUAAGUCCAGGAUGUUUACAUCUGUAUAGGAUGGUGAUUUCUAUGUUGUUUGCGCAAUAUUGACAAUGGCAUUGCAUGCAUGUUAACAGUACUUACAUAUACCCGUUCACAUUACAAGCCUCGCUGCUCAAAUCUGAUUUUAAAAAAAAAAUUUAUACUCAAAGCCAGACGAGAGAGGCAAAAGGAGAGAUGAGCUGCUUUUCCACCGUUUACUGGCUUUAACUUCUGUUCGGCGCUGCUGCCAGAGUAACACAGUGAUGGCACAGAGGGGAAAAAAGCACAUGAAUUCCGAUCUGAGCGUCACAUUAAGGUCACAUGGCCACGACUCGGAUACGUAUCAGAUCUAGGACCAUAUAUGAAAAUGGUUUAGGUCAGAUUUGAAAAGAUCAGAUUUGCAUGUCCACACAGCCCUGAAGACAUCAGAUCUGAGCCACAUCAGGGCAAAACAAUCCAAUUUGUGGCACUUCAACUUGGUAAUGAGAACUUAGCUCAACAUAGGAGAGUUAGCAAACAUCAAAAAUGCAAAGAAUUAUGGGUUGCUCCACCCCCCCAGCUCUCCUAUGCUAUAGUAUUAUUGAAGCAAAUGUAGGACGUUUAGGACGUGUCAGGUGAAAACUGACUAAUAUUGCAGUAUUAAUUUACAUUUUAAGAAUAUAAAAUUAUUUGUUUUGAGUGUUUUGCCCCUUAAAAUUAUUAUCGACCAGACUUUUCCUUUCAGUUGGGCCCUGUACUAUACAGAUGUGAAUAUCCUCGAACUAAAGGUGGUUUUCAGGACUUCAGCCUCAUUUAAAAUGCCAUGUGUUGGAGCAUGGAGCACAAAAAAGUGACCGUGUAUGACCAAGAAAGGCCCUGUGGGCUUCAAGUGUGACCUUUUUACUGUAAAUCUGGGGACACUGACAGGGAGAGAGCAUAGUGUUUGUUUCAGUAACUGUGUGCUGUCUUUUAAAUGUGCUGUAUGUUUCGUUGUAUUUGUACAUUGCUGGUGAGGGACUUUGAAAAAAUAACUCCGUUCAACAAUAUAUCUGUUUUUAUUUUGGUGUACUGAAAGUGUCACGAAGUCGUACCAUCACAGAUAAUCCCGACUGACUAUUUCCGUGCUUUCCUCCCCUCAUUUGUCCAUCAUUAGACUGCCACUUGCAUCACUGUCGACACCACUUGGGGUGUCUAUACUAUACUAUAGAACUGAAUACACUGGUUAACAAGCUGCUGGUUCAGUUGAACGCAGCAGCUGAAAUGUUACGUUCUUAAAGGGAAAUUCCUCCAUUUUUUCAGAACAUCUGCAUAAGUAAAUUGUCAGGAUGUAAGAAAAGUCAUUCAGAGCGGUUUGGUGUAGAAUGCUUUGUUCUAGAGAAGCCUAGAGUCCGAACUGUUCACAGUGGUGAUGAUAGGAACCAGACGUCCACCUCUAAAGGCUCCUUCACAAAGUUAUUGCAUGAAAUGGUUGUGAAUGUUGCCUUAGAUGUUUUCAUGCGAUUAUUUUGAGGAAAGGUUUUGGCAUAAAAUGUAGUUUUAUUAUCUAUUCAUGAUUUUUGCUUGUAGGUUCACUGGUCAUUUUGGAUUUGUAAAUAAAGUGGCUAUAUUUAUGUUGCAGACAUGACGACCCUUAGUUUCUAUCACCACUACUGUAAAGCAAUCCGAGUCAGAAAUUUCACAUCAGACCACUCUGAAUGACCAAUUACGACUAAAUUAUGCAAAUUUAGCUUAAAAAAAUGGUGGAAUUCUCCUCUAAGCUAAGCCUCAUUACAGUGAAAUACAGUAAGGCCUCCUACAUUUGAAGGAUCAGGCUUCCAUGUUCAGUGAUCAUUGUUUUUAUUUACUGUAAACCGGCAGUGAAGGCCUCUAUUUAGAGCCUCCUCUCAUAAUUUAUGAACGUCAUUCUAGCAGGGCUUCUUAUUUCCAAAGGAAAAAAAACUAUGUAAUAUUUUUUUUCUUGAUGUUUUUGUGUACACAAUGAUUAAAUUCACUUACAGCAUCAA